AUGCUCACCUAUUCGCCUGCACAGCUGUUUGGUAUGUUCAACUACCCCCUCCCAUCAUCCAUCUCAGUCAUCAAACAACUUGGACUCCUACGUCGUCGCGUUACAUCCACAGGAGCUCCCGCCGUUGAUUUGUUUUGUCCCAGCACGGUCUCUGCGUCCCAUUCACCCGGUCAACUGCACGCUCCGUCACGCCCCUACCACGUCAUCAGGACUCAGCUGCUUCCGGACCUUUCAACGCUGCCGUUAGGCAGCAGCUCACCCGGCAGCCCCCGCCCCCUUAGAGAAAUCACCUUCCGUAACCUAAAAUCCAUUGACCCCCACCAUCUCUCUGACCUGCUCUCCUCCACCCUCCCCCUGGACUCAACCCUCAUCUCACCUGAUGAGCUCACAAACCACCUUAAUGCUACCCUGUCUUCCUCCCUCAACACCCUGGCCCCCCUCAAAACCAAAACUGUCUCCUUUAAUACCUCCUCACCCUGGUUCACACCUGCACUCCGCAAAUUGAAACAAACCGGCCGCCAACUCGAACGACUCUCCAAAAAAACCUCACUCACAGUCCACCAUCAAGCCUACAAACUCCACCUCACUGCCUACAAAGACGCCCUCACCGCCGCCAAGUCUGCAUACCUCUCCGCCAUCUUUUCUGACCCCUGUCAAAACCCCAGAACCCUCUUCUCCACAGUGAGCAACCUCCUCAAACCGCGGACCAGCACCCUCUCCACCUCCACCCCAGAUCUCUGCAACUCAUUCCUCCAGUUCUUCGCCGACAAAAUCACUGCAAUCAACCAUUCACUAUUCCCUGUACAUAACCCCCCUGCACACUCAAUGGCCUCUCCCCUACCCAUCUCUCUGGACCUCCCAACACCUCCUCCCCAUUGCCGUCUCACCCACUUUGACCUGAUUACCCCUCCUGCACUCUCCAAACUUAUAGGCUCCUCCAAACCUACUACCUGCUCCCUCGAUCCCCUCCCCACUCCCCUGCUCAAGUCCUGCCUCCCCGUUCUCUGCCCUUACCUCACUAAGCUCUUCAACUCCUCACUGUCCCAUGGAAUUGUCCCCUCUGCCUUCAAAUCUGCUGCUGUGUUCCCCAAGGUUCUGUACUUGGCCCCCUCCUCUUCAUCAUCUACCUCCUCCCCCUUGCUGCUCCCCGUCCACACGGUCCGUCUCGGGGUGGAGCUGGACUCCUUCGACGGCCACCACUACGUCUCCUCGGUGGCCCCUGGGGGCCCGCUGGAGGGACACGGCCUGGUGCGGCCGGAGGACGAGCUGCUGGAGGUCAACGGAGUCCAGCUCUAUGGAAAGUCUCGGAGGGAGGCGGUGGCCUUCUUGAGGGAGGUCCCUCCCCCCUUCCGCCUGGUCUGCUGCCGACACCAGGACCUGGAUGACCUGGACCAGGACCUGGACCAGGACCUGGACGAACUGGACCAGGACCUGGACCAUCAACAACCAGGAGCAUGGAGAGCCACUCCUAAUGUGGACGAGAUUGAACUGAAGUUGUCGUCCUUACUUUCCAGUAAUACGGAUUUGAAAGACAAGCAGCAGGACCGCCGGGGCCUCCCUCUCAGCAGGAGACCCCCGGAGGAGGAGGAGGAAGAGGAAGAGGAAGAGGAGGAGGAGGAGGAGGAGGAGGAGGAGGAGCUGGCCCUCUGGUCUCCCACCAUCCAGAUGUUGGAGCUCCAGAAGGAGAGCGAUCGAGGCCUCGGGUUCAGCCUCCUGGACUACCAGGACCCCGUGGACCCCGGCUCCUGUGUGAUGGUGAUCCGGUCGCUGGUCGCCGGCGGGGCCGCCGAGAGUCACGGAGGGUUGUUGCCAGGUGACCAGCUGGUGUCGGUGAACCAGACCGGUCUGGUCCGGCUGAGUCUGGCCCAGGCCGUGGAGGUCCUGAAGGCGGCCCCGCCCGGCUCCGUCCGACUGGGGGUCCGCAAGCCGCUCGUGGCUGCAGAAGCAGAAGCCUUCCAGAUGCCAUCCGAGAAGCCGACAGACCUUCCCAAUCUGGACAGACUGCCUGUUCCCAAGGGGUUCGGUGACGGCUCCAUCCUCCCUGAGGACCUGAGGGAGGCCGCGCCCCAGGAGGAGCUGACCCCUCCUUGCCCCGCCCCCCCCCUCGUGACCUCUGACCACCGGGGAGAGGAGGGGCCGGAGAUGACCGUGGACGAGGUGGCCCCGCCCCCUCACUACGCCAGCCUAUCGGCUGCUCAGAGUUGGGAUGAGGAAGAGGAGCGACAGGACAUGAAGAAUCAGGAGGAAGAGGAGAGCCAGGCUCCAGGCUCUAGAGACAAUGAGGCCGACUCAGAGCUCACCUUGACGGACACCGACACAGAAUCCAGGAGAGAGGUCGAUGCAGGGACGAGGAAGAGGCGGGGCCGUAGAGGAACUGCUCUACCAAUCAGAGGAGGCCACGGUUACCUACCGGAGAGGGAGGAGGGGGAGGGGGAGGAGACCCCGGCCUUCAGCCACUGGGACCCCCCCAGGAGGGUGGAGGUGUGGCUUGAGCCCGGCCAAUCCCUUGGCAUCAGUAUCGUGGGCGGGCGUCAUGUGAUCAAGCGACUCCGUAAUGGGGAGGAGCUUAAAGGCAUCUUCAUCAAGGAGGUCCUCCCCCACAGCCCGGCCGGCAGCACCACCCUGAAGACUGGAGACAAGAUCCUGGAGGUGUGUGGGGUGGACCUGCAGGCCUCCAGCCACCAGGAGGCGGUGGCGGCCAUCAAGGCAGCGGAGAACCCGGUAGUGUUCACCGUGCAGAGCCUGAGCAACACACCCAGGCCAGUGUCGCUCUCAGCCUCCUGUCACAUGACUCACCGAGGCCGCAGGACCCCGCCCCCGAAAGCAGCAGUAGCCCCGCCCACUUCCAGAUUGCCCCCUCCCUACCGCCCUCCCAGCCAAUCAGAAUCCCGGCCGGACCCAGGGCCGCUGCAGACCGAAGAGGGCGUGCUGCAGCGCUACCAGGCGCUCCCGGGGGAGCUGCUGAGUGUGGAGCUGGAGAAGGAGCCCCAGGGCCUGGGCCUCAGCCUGGCCGGGGCCCGCGACCGCAGCCGGCUCAGCAUCUACGUGGUGGGGCUGACCCCUGGGGGCCCCGCCGCCCGCCACGGGGCCGUCAGGGUGGGGGACCAGCUGCUGGAGAUUAACAGCCAGGUGUUGUAUGGACGCAGUCAUCAGAACGCCUCCGCCAUAAUCAAGAGCUCUGCCCCCAAGGUCAAACUCCUCCUACUGAGGAAUGAGGAUGCUGUCAAUCAAAUGGCUGUCCCUCCCUUCCCCAACCCCCCCUCCUCCCUCAACACCAUCUCCCCCGAGGCUGAUUCUCCAGACAGUGUGUCGGCCGCUGCUCCUGACACCCAGGGCCCCCCCACUGUAGAGACCAAGGCUGUAGUUGAGCUCUCUCAGCAGACCAUCAAGACCAGUGCCAGUACUGGUACUGGUACUGGAGCUCAUGCUGGUACUGGUAGCCAGACCAGGACCAGUAGCAGCAGUCUGAGGAGUGUGAAGGAGAACCAGAACCCCACCAGCAGCAUCAAGGUUCCAGACCCUCCUUUACCGGCUCCUCCGGUUCUGUUAGAGCUGCAGUCCUCCACAGUCUCCAGUAAAGAGGCCACAUGUUCUGUCUCCCCUCCACCCCUCACCGAACCUCCUGCUGCCUCAGACCCAGCCUGCAGACCGGUCCUCGCUGGUCAGGAGACGCUCAUCGAGAUCCACAAAGGAAGCUCCGGUCUGGGGCUCAGCGUGGUGGGAGGCCAGGACACCCAGCUGGAUGCCAUCCUGGUCCAUGAGGUGUACGAGGAGGGGGCAGCAGCCCGUGACGGUCGCCUGUGGCCUGGGGACCAGAUCCUACAGGUGAACGGUGUGGACCUGCGCGGGGCGCUCCACCAGGAGGCCAUCGCGGCGCUGCGCCGGACCCCGGGCCGCGUGCGCCUGCUGGUGCUGAGGGACCGGACCCCCCGGGACCCCCUGGACCCCCUGGUCCGGGACCCCCUGAACCAGGAGCUGCUCAGCGUGGGGCUGACCAAGAGGGCCGGCCGCGGCCUGGGCCUCAGCAUCGUGGGCAAGAGGAGUGGGCGGGGCGUGUUCAUCUCGGAGGUGGUGGUGGGCGGGGCCGCGGAGCUGGACGGUAGGCUGAUGCAGGGCGACCAGAUCCUGUCAGUCAACGGAGAGCAGGUUAGACACGCCCACCAGGAGGCUGUCGCAGCCAUGCUCAAGUGUACCAGAGGGUGUGUUCAUCUGGAGGUGGGACGUCUGAAGGCGGCAACAUGGACCCCCUCCAGACAGACGUCCCAGAGUAGCCAGAUGGAUCAAGAUGGAAGCUGCUCAAGUUUUGUGACUCUGCCCCCCCGGGCGGCAAGCCCCGCCCCCUCCCAGGUCCCUGAGGUGACCUCUGACCCUACGGCAAGCAUCACCCCCGGCAAUAUCUCGUCUUCCAACAACACCGUGGGACCCCAGGCUGUCCGGACCGUCCAGAUCACGCGGGGCUCCAGGGACAGUCUGGGCGUGUCCAUCGCGGGGGGGCGGGGCAGCCCACUGGGGGACCUCCCCGUCUUCAUCGCUAUGAUCCAAGCUAACGGAGUAGCGGCUAGGAGCCAGCAGCUCAAGGUGGGGGACCGGGUGGUCAGUAUUGACGGCGUUCGUCUCGAUGGUUUUUCUCACUCUGAGGUCGUCAACCUCCUGAAGAGAGACUCUGACACACCCCUCACCCUGGAGGUGGUAGCCGACACUAACAUCGGUGCGGUGACCAGUCAGGUGGAGAAUCUGUCCAACCUACCAGCGGUCCACGCAGAGCCAGAGGCCCCGGGCCCCCUAGCCGUGGCCCUGCUGAAGGGUCCCGAGGGUCUGGGCUUCAGCAUCGUGGGCGGGUUCAGCAGCCCCCACGGGGACCUGCCCAUAUACGUCAAGACCGUCUUCAGCAAGGGGGCGGCUGCCUCGGACGGCCGGCUGCGUCGGGGCGAUCAGAUCCUGAGUGUGAACGGGGAGAGCUUAGAGCGAGCGACGCACGAGCAGGCGGUCGCUCUCUUAAAGAGACAGAGCGGCACAGUGGUCCUGAGGGUCCUGUCCUAACACACACACACACACACACACACACACACACACACACACACACACACACACACACACACACACACACACACACACACACACACACACACACACACACACAGGCGAGCCCAUGACCUGCUAUCUUACCUAGCUAGCUAGCGUAGCCUGCUAGCUAGAGUAUCCUGGAGAAAGCUACACUGCCUAGGUAGCUAGCAUAACGCGGAGCUUACUGCACUUCUUAGCUAGCUAUCGUAGCCUGCCGCUUGCUAUAAUGCGUAGCUAGCUAGCUGGAUGCAGGCUUUAGCUUUGCGUUUUGUUUCCUUUGAGCCUUUAGCUUAGUCUAUGGGCAAUGCCAGUCGUCUCAUAUGGCGCAUUUCCACCGGCGGGUGCGCUUCGGCCCAGCACGCCUCGGCCCAGUAGCGUUAGCCCAGCUCCGUUACGGCUCGCGUUCCCACCGCCGACAGCGCCCUUAUGGUAGGGCGGCGUUUAAGACGGAUGGCGAUAGCUGCGGCAGCACCGUAAACAUCGUGACAUCAUAGCAGCCCGACACAGUGUAGCUUGCUAAUAAAUCCAAGGAAAAAUAAGAAUGUGCACAAUAAACAAAGAGCAACAAUGUAGGACGUCCGAGAAGGACCUCAAACUUUUGCGCAACAUUUUUUUCAAUAAACAAAGCUUUCGCAGUUUUCGCCAGAAAUACCUCGCUGGUACUGUGUGUCAUGCUGUGUGACGAUUCUGUCGACCAAUCAACGGAUGACGUGUGUAGCUCCAACUUGCCGGCACCCUUUCAGGCGUCUCGGAACGGAGGAGUACUGCAAGACGAGUACGGCUCAGUCCGGAUCACGCCCACUUUUGGCGGUGGAAAUUGCGAACCGUGCCGCACCUUUGCAGACUGAACCGACCCGCACCCUCAGGUGAAACUGCGCCAUUAGUGCUGCCUGUUAGCUCUUAGCAAUAAGCCAGGUAGCAGCCCUUUCUGGCUGCAUGCGUUACCAUGCCAACCAGGCGUCUCCAUGGAGAUCUACCGAUUAACGCCCAUCUCUAAAUAAACGAUUAAUAAGAGACUUAAUGCACAACGCGUCCACAAGGCUUCAGCCGUUACCAUGGGGACGAAAACGAUCAGUCACUGGCUUCAGCCGUUACCAUGGGGACGACAACGAUCAGUCAAUGGAAAAUAAAUAAUGUUGCCAAUGUUUAUGUUUUCUUUUUAUUGUUAAUAUUGAUAGCAAUAUCCUCUCUCUCUCUCUCUCUGUCUCUGUCUCUCCCUCUCUCUCCUGAUGAUGUCGUCUAGCGUGUCUUGCGUGUAACAGAAUAACCUCUGACCUCAGGGGGAAGGAUUGAGUCUGUGUGUCUAGCUGUGAGACAGACACCUGUUUUUCUGUCUGUCUGUCUGUUUCUUCCAUGAGCUGCUAAAGCUCUGCUAGUGUUUUAUUAAAGUCUGAGAUAAGCACAAACUGCUUCCUGUCUCCU